AUGACUACGACUUCAACCACAAUUUCUUUCACCUUGUGUAAUCGUGCUUACUACUUGUGCUUGCUUGCUACCGUCCCUGAAAGAAAUUACCACUACUUUUAUCAGUUGUGUGCAUCUGGCAGGCCUCAACCUAGACUCCUGUCUCAGCCACAACUCCCACAACCACAACCUCAACCUCAACCUCAAUUCCCUAGUCGACCUCAACAUCAGCUAGAACUUCAUUCUCAACCUCAACUUCAGUACUUGUCUGGCUACCCCCCUCCACCAUGGGCAGCCACACCUGGUUAUUUUAGCAAUCCAAAUCCUGUAUCAAGGCCUUACGCCUGGAAGAUUUAA